UCAUCUUUUUCAUUUCAUUUUCUUAAUGGAAAAGAGAAUGAACCCAACAUUCUCCAACAUUUUAUUUUUUCAAUUCUCAACCGUUUUGAUUAAUUUGCCAAUCAAAACUUCAUCUGAACCUCUUUCGGCGACAAAUUGAAGAAAUAAGACAAGAGAAAAGAAUGAAACGUGAAAUGAAUACGAGUAUUAGAAACAAAUCCAAGGUAGCAGAUUGGAUUCACGAAGUGGAUUGCCGGAUUGGAGUCACGCAUACCUCCACAUUGAUUCAGGUUCUUCUCACGGUUCAUAGUCACCAGCUCGAACGGAUUCUCAAUGGCACAAUGUUAGUACCGCCUGAGUUGGUUGUUGAUGAUAAUGAAGUGUAUAUUGUCAAUGAAGAAUUUAAAGAUUUCAUGGCACAAGACAGUGCUCUUGCCUCAUGGCUUUUGUCCACGAUCAGUGCUCUGCUUCUACCUCAGUUAUUAGGAGCUGAGUCCGCAAUGGCUGUUUGGCACACUGUUGUGCAGUUCUUUGCCAACCGAUCUACAACACGGUCAUGAACUUGCACUACAAGAUUCAGUCAUUGAGGAAAAGAGAUGACUCGAUGCGUGUAUAUCUCACUCAUAUAAAGAGAUUUGUGAUGCUCUUGAGUCAUGUGGCAGCCAUGUGUCGUAGGUUGAGCACGUUGUGAGCGUUUUGAAAGGCUUGCCAACAGAAUAUCAGUCGUUUAUGGUAGUGAUCACUACAAGUCCAGAUACGCUUUCUCUGGAUCGGAUUUAUUCAAUGCUCAUUGAUGAGGAAACACAAUUGGCUGGAUUUAAUUCUCAUACUGAGAAUUUUUCGAUGAGUGCCAAUGUUGUGCAGGGUAAAGUUCAUGUUAGCUCUACUGCAUCUAAUAAUUCUCAUGAUUACAAACAACAACACAUUGCCUCGAUACGUGGUGAACGGUCUGGUGGUAAAGGUCGAGCCCGUCUAUAGUGUCAACUAUAUGGUAAGAAUGGACAUACGGUUGAUAGAUGCUGGUAUCAGUUUGAUCAUGAUUUUUCAGGUGAUUUAGAAAAUAAUACUCAGCCACGAUCUAAGGGUGAAUUGAGUAGUGUUAACUAUGUGAGUCUUGACAAUGUUAGUUGUGCAUGUUGUGCCAGUAAGCAUGGUGUUGUCUCGAUGCAAGCUGGUGGUGUAUCUCAGGCUAAUAUGGUUGUAUCUCCUCGUGCUCAGUGGGUUAUUGAUUCGUGUGCCACACAUUAUGUGACUCCUGAUACGUCCAAUAUUGCUCACACUACUGAUCUUGAUGGUCCAGGUAAUCUAUUGGUUGGGAAUGGAGUUUCUCUUAAUGUAAAUAUGGUUGGUAAAUCUUUAUUACGCUCAUCAUCAUCCUCACAAGCUUUGUUACUUACAGAAUUGUUACAUGUACCUAAAAUUACUAAACAUCUUCUUUUGGCAUCAAAGCUUGCUAGGGAUAAUCACAUAUUUUUCGAGUUUCAUGCUAAUGGAUGUUGCAUUUGUGAUGAGGUGUCAGGCAAGAUUAUACUAUAAGGAAAUCAGCAAG